UCUGUAUAAUCUGUAAAAUGUUUUAAACGUGCAGUUAUUGUAGUUAGCCGCUGCAUCGCUUGGUGUCAGUGUGCUUGUGUAAUAACGGCUACAUCUUUCGUCACUGCUUUGUAGUUCCACCCCUUUUACCUUCCCAUCGCACUUACUACUGGAUAUAAUCGCUGUGUUGUCUUUGUAAAUAUUAUGCAUGCUAUUUGAGGGAGUGUGGACAUUUUGGAACCUGGAUUUUGUGCAUUCAUUUCUGUGGACAAGAUUAUUUCUUAUAUGGACGGUUAUUGUUUGAUUUGUGGGUUUUUUUCAUGAUGGAACAAAGAGGAUUCCACGCAGCGUGGAUGAGGCAGCGUCUGAUCGCGACCGCUUUGCUUUUCUUGAGUGUUACCUCUGCGCAAAUGAGAUAUUCCAUUUCUGAGGAGGUCAAGGAGGGAACUGUGAUCGGAAACAUAGCGAACGACCUUGGGUUGGAUCAAGCCACGCUAAAAGACAGAAAGUAUCGCAUUGUCACSAGCACGGUUGAUCACCUCUUUCAUCUUGAUCCGAACGAUGGCAUCCUUUAUUUGAGCCGAAAAAUAGACAGAGAAGAGGUUUGUGAACAUACAAUUACGUGUGAAAUAAAUCUAAAAACKGUCCUGGAAAAUCCAUUGGAGGUCCACUACGUUGGUGUUGAGGUGUUGGAUAUUAAUGACAACUCUCCCACUUUCCCGGAGAAUCAAACGGUGGUGGAAAUUUAUGAGUCAGUGUUGCCUGGAGUGCGUAUUCCAUUGCAGCCUGCCCGCGAUCCAGAUGCGGGUAUAUUCUCUAUCCAGCGUUAUAAACUAAGCUCUAAUGACUACUUUCGUUUAGAAGUUAAAGAUACAGGAGACGACGGCAAAAUUCCCGUCUUGAUUGUUCAAAAGUCAUUAGAUAGAGAAAUAUCAGCAAGRCAUACUUUGGUACUUACUGCUCUGGACGGAGGUAAACCUCCACAAUCUAGCGAAUCUGAUAUUGUAGUAAAUGUUUUGGAUGCAAAUGACAACGCGCCGGUCUUUUCCAAAGAUGUUUAUUCGGUAACGCUUGAGGAAAACUGUCCACUUGGGACAACAGUGAUUAAGAUAAAUGCGACAGAUUUAGACAGCGAAAGGAACGGGGAAGUAGUGUAUACUUUUAGCAACAGUGUAAAUCGUAAAUUCUUUAAGCUUUUUGAAAUUAAUCCAUCAACAGGUGAGAUAACUGUUAAAGGUUUAAUAGAUUAUGAGGAAAGGGAUAAAUAUCAACUUGAAAUUGAGGCUUCAGAUAAAGGUCUCCCUCCUCUUUCAUCUCAAAAAAGUAUAACUAUUAAAAUAAUAGAUAUGAACGAUCAUGCACCAGAGAUUGAGAUUACUUCAUUUUCCAGGUCGAUCCCUGAAAAUUCCCCACCAGGAACCACAGUCGCUCUGAUCAGUGUUAACGACUUAGACUCGGGUCUUAAUGGAAAGACCAUCAGCACACUGAAUGACGGUAUCCCUUUUAUUUUAUCGCCAUCUUUACAGGACAAAAUGUAUUCACUGGUAACCAAAUCACCUCUUGACAGAGAGAAACAAUCACACUAUGUCGUAAUAAUAACAUCAAAGGAUGCGGGUCAACCACCACGUUCGUGUGAAAAGGCAAUAAGUGUUGUGGUGUCAGAUGUAAAUGACAACUAUCCAGAGUUCUCAAUGAGCCCAUACAAUUUUUACGUAACUGAAGRGAAUAAUCCAGGAGCUUAUUUGUUUUCUGUAAACGCUUUUGACCGUGAUGAAAAUACUAAUUCAAUAGUGUCCUAUGAAAUUUUAAGAGAUGCAGGGCGAGAUAGUACAGUUUCCUUUAUUAAUGUUAACUCAGAAACAGGAGACAUUAUGGCGAUGAAAACGUUAGAUUUUGAAGCUCUGAAA